AUGCGGAAGUCUGAGGAACCCAACGGCGUCGAAGCAAACGAUGAAGACAUGCCUCAGGUCGAAACCCUGGGCACAGUCCGCCUGCGCCAUGUAACGACCAACGAGCUACUUCUCGUUCCAAAGCCAUCCGACGACCCCGAUGACCCGUUGAACUGUGCCUCAACUGACAUCUUUUUCUCUUACGGGCCGCUGCGAGAAAAGUACUACAUCUUCGCCUUCUCUUGCUUGAGCAUAGCCGUGUGCAACGCCUGCGGCGCGGGUCCGUCCGUGGGUGCCGUGGCCAUGGCGACCUCCUUCUUCGCUCCUCCUAGCGAUCCCAACUUCGUCAACUACAUCAGCAAGGUGGCCUACUUCUUCACCGGAGCGGCUUUGACCAUCGGCAUCGGACAAUUCAUUUGGACUCCCGUGGCCAUCAAAUACGGCCGUCGACCGGUCUAUAUCAUCUGCUUUACCCUUCUCACCGUUUGCAACAUCUGGGCCGCAUGUGCCAAGUCGUACGGCAGCAUGCUCGCAGCCAGGCUGUUGACUGGUAUCGCUGCUGGGGCUCCUGAGCUCGUGGCCCCUUUGACCCUGACGGAUGUCUUCUUCCUCCAUCAGCGAGGUAGAGUCAUGGCAAUCUACAAUUGCGCCCUCGCGCUCGGUAGCAGUCUCGCUGUCGUCAUCUUGGGAAUUGUGAUCAACUGGACCUCCUGGCAGGUCGUCUUUUGGAUCCUGACCGGCCUAUCCGCUAUAUGCCUGCUGCUCAUGAUCUUCACCGUCCCAGAGACCGCGUACAACCGCAGCAUUGCCACCGUCGUCGACCCGGUUCCCAUCCCGAUCACAGUCUUGGAGAAAUCCGACAAGUCGUUCGAACACGUAUCACGAGUUCCUCCUCCGUCGCCGAGCGCCUGCGGCCGGACCAGCCGCACCCCUUACUUCAAGCGGUUUGCUCUCAUCCCCAAGGUCUAUACUGGGGAGAGUAUUUGGCUGAUCAUGUUCCGACCGGUCGUCUUGCUCGCAUUGCCCGGCGUCCUCUGGGCCACCUUGAUCAAUUCCGUCACCGUUGGUAUGAUAAUCGUCUUGUCGUCCAACUUCUCCACUGCGUUCCAAAACAUCUACGGCUUCACCGUCCUCCAAGCGGGUCUGACAUUCAUCUCGAUGGCUAUCGGCUCGCUUAUCGCCAUUGUCUUUGCAGGCCAUUUCUCCGACUGGGUUGCGGACAAGCUCACACAGAGGAACGGGGGCGUCCGAAUCCCCGAGAUGCGUCUGCCGGCCCUCUUCGUCGGCGUCAUCACCGGUCCAUUGGGCGGAAUUCUGUAUGGCGCUGGUUUUGGUUUGAAACUACACUGGAUGUGUCCGGUCGUGGGAAUCGGAUUGAUCGGGUUUACCGUUGUGCAAUCGAUGAACGUGUCUUUGGUGUACAUCCUGGACUCGUACCGCCCUGUGUCAGGUGAGGUCAUCGUCACACAGUCAACGUUCAAAGCCUGCUUUGGUUUCCUCUUGGGAUUCUACACCAACCCUUGGGUCGCGAAGGACGGAUAUCUCGGUGCUUUUGGCGCCAUGGGUGGUAUCGAAGGUGCCAUCCUGCUCGGUUUUAUUCCAUUCUACUACUUUGGCAGUCACUGGAGGAGCGCGUCGUGGAAAUGGGGCUUCAUCAAACGCCUUGCCCACUGGGCUGAGGAUCGUGAGGUCGGUGAGUAG